CUCUCUCUCCUUCCCUUCGUGUCUUCUUCUUCUCCUUCUCCUUCUCUCGCUCUCGAUUUCCGAGGCCCGAAAAAGCAAGCACCGAACGCCCCGCGUCCUCCGACACUGUCGAGGGUAGCGAAGGAAGCAGCCAUGGAAUCGAGAAAGUUGGCAGCUUUGCUGUCGUCCCUCGUCUCCGAGAUCAUGCUGCUGCUGCUGCUCCUCUUCCCUUCCUCGGCACCCCUGGCCCUCGCCUCCAACCCCGGUUCUUUCUCCUCCCGCGGCUUCGAUUCGUUCGCCGGCCUCUUCCCCCUCAUCGCCCAUUUCCUGUCCCACCACGAGAUCGCCGCCGCCUGCUUGUCCCCGCCGCGGCCCGUCUCGAGGAAGAGGAGGAGGACCCAUUUCCCUGAACCGGACCACGGGCCCGGUGGCGGGGGCGAAACGUCGGACGGCGGCUCCGGCUCGGAGCUCGGCGGCGGCGGCGGCGGCCCGGCUCGGAGUCCCGACUCGUUCGUGGGCUCUUUCAAGAUGACGGCCUCCACCUUCGAGUGGCUCGCGGGCCUGCUCGAGCCGUUGCUGGAUUGCCGCGACCCGGUCGGGUCGCCGCUGAACCUGUCGCCGGAGCUCCGACUCGGGGUCGGGCUCUUCCGGCUGGCCACCGGCAGCGACCACUGCGACGUGGCUCGCCGGUUUGGGGUCUCAGUGUCGGCCUCUCGGUUCUGCACCAAGCAACUGUGCCGAGUCCUGUGCACCAAUUUCCGGUUCUGGGCGGGUUUCCCGAGCCCGGGCGAGCUCGAAUCCGUGUCGAGGGGGUUCGAGUCGCUGACUGGGUUGCCGAAUUGCUGCGGUGUGAUUGAUUGUGCGAGAUUUGAGAUCGUUGCCGAUUGCGGGCCUAAUGAUGCUAUCGCGGCGCAAAUCGUCGUUGACUCCACCUCGAGAAUUCUGAGUGUCAUUGCGGGAUUUCGUGGUGAUAAGGGCCGGUCACGAGUUCUCCGGCUAUCUAGUUUGUUCAAAGACAUCGAGGAAGAGAGGUUACUGAGUUCGCCUCCUCUGGAUGUUAAGGGGGUCAAUGCGAAUCCGUAUUUGGUUGGAGAUGAAGGGUACCCUCUGCUUCCUUGGUUGAUCGUGCCUUUCACUAAUGCCACCACAGGAUCAUGCGAGGCUUAUUUCAAUGUAGCGCAUAGUUUGAUGCUUAUGCCUGCCCUUAAAACUAUUGUCAGUCUCAGGAACUGGGGUGUUUUAAGCAGGCCAAUAAAAGAGGAUUUUAGGACCUCAGUUGCUUACAUUGGCGCCUGUUCGAUUCUUCAUAAUGCCCUGCUAAUGAGGGAGGACUAUUCGGCAUUGUGUAGUGAGUUAGGAGAUAGUUCAUUGCACGAUCAUCAGACACACCGUCUUCUGGAUGCUGGUUGGGAGGUAAGUUCUGGAAAAGGUCGGGUUGUGCGAGAUGCAUUGGCCGCAUUAGCGAAGGAUUUCCACGACCAGAGUGACUCAGUGCAUUUGUAGCUUGACAGAGAGAUCUGAUCGCGGCUGAUUUUAGUGGGGUGGGAUCAUUUCGGGUUUGGUCUUUUUCCCCACAAUGGAGAGUUGCAGCUGAAACCAGAAUUAAAGUUGAUCAAUCUGAUGAUGGUCCAUCACAGCAUGUCAUUGUGGUUUCUGCAAACACCAUGAUCAAGUCCGUCAGGAAAGAGCGAGUUGAUUCAAAAUCAUUAAGCGAGAGCUAAGCAGUUGACUGGACAAGAGUGAGAAAACAGUCGUGAUGCGUAAUGAAAUGGGACUGGAUGCGGAAUUGAUUUAUGCUGCCCGAAUUGUUCAGGAGCGGCUCAGAAGACCUGUGCUGACGUUGGGAGAGGUUACACCUUCAGCUCUAGCUAGCAUUUUUGUCUGCUUUCGGGCAAGGCCAUGUCUUGAGCCUUGAAGCUCUUGUCCCAAUUUCAAGGAUUCAGUAACAUACUGCCUGGAGGGUGCGAAAACUGAAUUAGCUUGCUCUCAAAGAAAGACUCUUUCUAGAGCUGACAGGAGGAAGCGCCCUCUAUAGGUCAUUUUCCGUUGUGGACGUGUAGCAGGAAAAUCUCGGGUUAAUGGUUUUUAGAGAGAAGUGGUAGUUCUACUGUUGGAAUCUAUUCUCGUCGGAAGCAUGUGCUGAAUCAAAGAUUGUUGGUAACGCUUAAUUCUUUAUCGAGCGGAGCCUCUUCAUCAACUGCGUCAUGAUUUCAUUACUUGUCUAAUGCUUAUGUUGUUCUAGUUUUGCUGGUCUUCUCAUGACCCCUCAA